CUGUUACCUGAGCGCUUGGUGGUGCUACCGGUACGGAAUACUGUUCAGCUCGCGACGGAUAAGCGCUGCCCUGGGUCUUUGUCGCCAGAACGGGCAGUGUGGCUCACAUACCUUAUGGAAUCUGCGAGCGGCGUUGUUACACCUGCCGUUGACGAUUUGCGGAACCACUCACGCCAGCCGUCAACGUUAUGCCGCCAUCGCGUGAGCACCGUUCUCGACGAACCCGCUGCUCUGAUCCCCACGUCUCAAGAUGACCGAGCUGGACGCCGAGUCGGACCCACUAUGGCAGGACCUCGACUGGGCCAUCGGGCAGAUGCUGAUUAUGGGGUGGGACGGCACCGAAGUCACGCCCCAGAUCCGUAACCUGAUCGAGCAACACCACUUGGGCUCGGUCCUGUUGACUGCAAAGAACCUCAAAUCGGCCCAGCAAACGGCCAAGCUUGUCCAGGAGCUGCAGACCAUUGCUCACCAGGCCGGCCAUCCCCAACCGCUGUUGAUUGCCCUCGACCAGGAAAACGGCGGCGUCAACAGUCUGUACGAUGAGGACUACAUCUGCCAGUUCCCAAGCUCCAUGGGCCAGGCCGCUGCCGGAACUGCUGACCUGGCCUACAAGAUCGCCAAGGCCACGGCCACCGAAAUCUCGGCCGUCGGCGUCAAUCUGAUUCUUGGACCCGUGCUGGAUGUUCUGCACAAUGCCCGCUACCAGCCAACUGGCGUCCGGGCGGUGAGUGAUGACCCCCAGGAGGCGUCCCAGUACGGCAUCGCCGCCAUCAACGGGUACAAGGACGCCGGGAUUGCCACCUGCGGGAAGCACUUCCCGUCCUACGGGAACCUGGACUUCCUGGGCUCCAGCUUGGACAUCCCCAUCAUCACGCAGACCCUGGAGGAACUGUCGCUGAGCGCCCUCGUCCCCUUCCGCAAUGCCAUCGCCACGGGCAAGCUGGACGCCGUGUUUGUCGGCGGCUGCGGCAUCAACAACCCGUCCAUGAGCGUCAACCACGCCUGUCUUUCGGACCAGGUGGUCGACGACUUGCUCAGAAACGAGCUUGGCUUUCAGGGGGUCGCUGUUUCGGAGUGCCUCGAAAUGGAGGGCCUGAGAAACGAGAUCGGCGUCAAGACCGGCACCGUCAUGGCCGUAGAGGCCGGCUGUGACCUGGUGAUGCUCUGCCGUGCCUAUGAUGUCCAGCUCGAAGCCAUAUCGGGCCUCAAGCUGGGAGUAGAGAACGAGCUCAUCACCAAGGAACGCAUCUACACGUCGCUAAAGCGCAUCCUCCGCAUGAAGAGGGCGUGCACGUCGUGGCAGAAAGCGCUGAACCCGGGCGGGAUCUCUCUGCUGUCCAAGAUUCACCCCAGCCACCUUGCUCUGUCGCUCAGGGCCUACGAUGACUCCAUUGCCGUGAUGCGCGAUAACGAACAACUCCUCCCACUGACCAGCUCGAUGCACCAGGAAGAGGAGCUGCUGCUGCUGACGCCCCUGGUGAAGCCUUUGCCGGCGUCCUCCAUGACCAAGGCGCUUCUGGAGGCGAAGAAUAACAGAGCCGAUGCGCCAAAUGUACACGACGGCUGGUUACACGGCGGCCGAGGGGCCAUCAUGAGUGGUGAGGGCGUGUUCAGAGAACUCGGCAGAUCCCUCGCUCGAGCCCGGCAUGGGAAACUGCUGCAUACCUCCUACACCGCGAACGGCGUUCGACCCGUGCAUGAGAACCUGAUCAACCGGGCAUCGUGCAUCAUCAUCGUGACGGCGGAUGCCAAUCGGAACCUCUACCAGGCAGGGUUUACCAAACAUGUCUCGAUGAUGUGUUCGAUGUUGCGUGCGGGCGGCCAAAAGAAGUCCCUGAUUGUGGUUGCCGUAAGCUCCCCUUACGACUUUGCCAUGGACAAGUCGAUCGGCACCUACAUCUGCACCUUCGACUUCACCGAGACCGCCAUGGCCGCGCUUGUGCGGGUACUAUGCGGCAAGCUCAAGCCUCAGGGGACGCUGCCCGGCACGCUGCGAAAGAGCAGGAAGGCGCUGAAAUCCAGACAGCACUGGCUUGUCGAGGCUUACAACCGAGACCGAGACGCGCGAGGGCUGGACGACCUCCUUCAGGCGCUCACCAGGGCGAGCGCGCCCGCCCACCGGUUCCUGCAGACGACGAGCGCCCACACAUUUGAGCUGUUCAACCCCAACAUCGAGGAGGCGCAUUUCGUGGUGCGCAACAGCAGCACCCACGCCCUGUACGGCUUCUGCGCGACCUACUCCGUCCAGGGCACGGGCAUCAUCGGCGCCCUCUUCGUCGACCCUGCCAAGCGCAACGUGUCGAUCGGCCGGUCGCUGCAGCGCCGGGCCCUGCGCGGUCUCACGCAGAAGCCGGGCGUCAAGAAGAUCCAGCUCGGCAUGGCCUUCCCCGGCGUCUUCCUCGGCAUCCCCGCCGACGACGGCGCCGGCCUCAAGCAGUGGUUCGCCAACGGCGGCUGGGAUCUGCAGUUCCCGCGCCGCAUCGCCAACAUGACCAUCGGCACGCUCAGCACGUGGAGCGCCCCGGAGGGCCUCCUGCAGAGCAUCCAGCGCGCCAACAUCAGCUUCGACCUCAUCCGCGGGCCGGACGGCGCCGACAGCGUCCUCGGCCACGUCAAGGCGCACGCCAACCCGGAGGUGCUGGAGCUGUACCGUUUUGCGCUGCAGGAGACCAAGACGUGCGGCGUCGUCCGCGCCAAGGGCCACGCCGACAGCCUGCUGGGCACCGUCAUCAUCUGCAGCCCCGGCAGCCAGCUCGCCGGCUUCAUCCCGCCCUUGCAGCCCUCGUCGUCGGACGACGAGAUGAUCGGGGGCAUCAUCGCGCCGAUCGUGGGGUCCGCCGCGGUGGUGCCCCAGGGCGCCUUGGUCCUGCAGGGCCUCGCGCUGAUGGGGCUGAGGCAGAACAAGGCGCACAAGUCGCUCCGCAGCGUCCUGAGCUGGGUGCCGGACGACGCGUAUGAGCCGCUGUUGGCGAUGGGUUUCGAGGUGGUGCAGGCGUUUGAGGAGUUUACGAACUCGCCUGACAAUUGGCACGAUCUUGCGUAGGCUUUUUGCACCUGGAUACUUUUAGCUGGACCUAGGUUUGGUAGCAUGCUGUCGAAGCUGAUGUGCACAGUGCAGAACUCGGGGACUUCCAGCGUCAGGGGUAACUGGGUGUUUUAGUGUGGUUGUGGUAUUGUAUGACUGUGAUCUAUCCGUAACCAACAUCAUCACCUUUCCCUUUUUGCAAGGUUGGACUGAUCUCCAAGUAUGGGGAAUUCUCACAAAAUGUAUACCUCACUGCCGCGUAUAGUAUAAGAUCCCCUCAACGCUUCUCUUCUCAACAUGGGAAUCGGUUGU